UUUAGCAUUCCUCCCUCGACUGGUUUAAUGAUGAACUGCAGAUGAGAUUUAAACAAAACCAGGUGCUUGCUUUGUGCUUCACUUUAGUUUUUAAGUGGCUCUGUUCUCUCAAGUUCCUUAUUUGCCAUUGUGGAAUAUACAACACAGGAUAUAUAUGAUUUGAAUGCAAUUGUUUUUCAGAAACAAUUAUAAAAGAACCACAUACUCAUAUAUUUCUCUUGGGAAAGUGGAACAAAAAAUGCAUCUUCAUGGGUUAUCAAGAAUGCUGGUUCUUUUGACAUUGACAAUGUGGCUUAUUUCUUCUGGCAGUGCUCAGCGCUGCGACUAUGGUUAUGAGCUUGAUCGAAGGAUAGGACAAUGCAUAGAUGUGGAUGAGUGCAGGAGCAUAUCUGAACCUUGCCGGGGUGACUUGAUUUGUGUCAAUCAAAAUGGAGGGUAUCUUUGUAUUCCUCGAACCGUUCCUUAUGGAAGGCCAUAUCAAGGUUCAUAUUCCAACUCAUACAGGCCUCUGCCUCCACCACCACUCCCAGCUCCAGCACCACCUCCACUGCCUGGAUCAGGUUACCCUCAGCCUGCGCAACCACCGGUGUGUCGCUUUGGCUACCAGUUAGAUGAAAGUGGUAAUUGUAUCGAUAUUGACGAAUGUGCAACAGAUGCCAAUCAGUGCAAUCCAACGCAGAUUUGCAUAAACACAGAGGGCGGGUAUACGUGUUCCUGCACUGAAGGCUACUGGCUUAUAGAUGGACAGUGCUUAGAUAUUGAUGAAUGUCGGUAUGGCUACUGUCAGCAGCUAUGUGCCAAUAUUCCUGGUUCUUACUCCUGCACGUGUAAUCCAGGUUUUACUCUUAAUCCAGAUGGCAGAUCAUGUCAAGACAUCGAUGAAUGCAUUGGAGAAAACAUCUGCACACAGAGCUGUUUUAACACUUAUGGUUCCUUUAUUUGUCGUUGUGAGGCUGGCUAUGAACUGGGCCCUGAUGGAACCACUUGUACAGACAUGAAUGAGUGCAGUUUCUCUGAACUCCUGUGCCAGCAUAAGUGUGUCAAUCAGCCUGGAAGUUACUACUGCAGCUGUCCAAUUGGCUACAGGGUAGUGGACGAUGAAAGAAGCUGUGAAGAUCUCAAUGAGUGUGAGACUGGGAAUCACACAUGCUCUUUGCGACAAGUUUGUUUCAAUAUUCAAGGGGGCUAUACGUGCAUCGAUCCAGUAAAGUGUCAGGAACCCUACAUCCAACUAAAUGAUAACCGAUGUAUGUGUCCAGGUGAAAAUCCUGGGUGUCGAGACCAGCCUUUUACAAUCCUACACAGACAUAUGGAAAUUGUAUCUGAUCGCUCAGUGCCCAGUGACCUCUUCCAGAUGCAAGCAACAACACGCUAUCCUGGGGCCUACUACAUCUUCCAAAUCAAAUCAGGAAAUGAAGGCAGAGAGUUUUACAUGAGACAAACUGGCCCCAUUAGUGCUACGCUGGUGAUGACCCGUCCAAUAAAAGGGCCUCGCAAGGUCAUGAUAGACCUGGAAAUGGUCACUGUCAACACUGUUGUCAAUUUCAGAGGUAGCUCUGUCAUUAGGUUAACAAUAUUUGUCUCAGAAUAUUCAUUCUAAAGACUGACUUGAACUCUGAGCUACACAUAGAAGCAAAAAAGAAUGUUAUCUCUUUGUUCUAAAAAGAUACAGGAAAAGUAUUAUCCCUCUUUUGCUUAACGGCUUCUGAAAAUCUGCACUGUCUGCUAAGAAUGUGGAGAGUGCCAUAUUGCUUUUUGUUACAAAAAUCAACUCUGCUCUGGAAGACAUAGAGUACAACUGCUCUUUACAUCUAGCCUCAACAGUACAUUAUAUCACCCACAACAGCUGAGAAAAAAAAUCACACAGAGAAGCAUCAUGGGAAUUAAAAAAAGUAAGGUGUGUAAACACCUGUGUUGGGUAGAGCAUUACACUGUGUUGAAUAAAAUAUAUUUUCUGUUACGCAGAUGUUACAGCAGAGCUCUGUUGACUGUGAAUGAUAAGCAAGCUUUUUCUGUACUCUUCCAGGUUCCUUUCUAGUUAAGUUUUGGUCCCAGUGGUGGGGGGUGAUAGUGAGACAGUAUGACUAUUGGGACUGGUGAUGUAAAGUAAAACAUACUGCUCAUGGGAACAACUGCUUUUAGCCUCAGAGAACAACUCCCAACAGCAUUUAUUUGCAGGCUUUUCAUGACGUUAAGUAAAUAUUGUCAUCAUCUCCAUAUAUUUAAGAACUGUGCUGAAUAUUUUCUGAAACUUUCUAAAGUUGCUCCAUUUUUACUAUUGCCCCAUGUAUGCCAAAUAUGUCAAAAAUAUGCAUAUAUAUAUAUAUAUAUAUAUAUAUAUAUAUAUAUAUAUAUAUAUAUAUAUAUAUAUAUAUAUAUCAUUCCUUUUUUAAAGGCACGUGUCAAUAUUUGUGAAAAAAAUUAAGAAAUUCUUCCUUCCAGUCUUUUGUGACAUGCUUUAGAUAUGCAAUGUGAAACAACAGUUGGCAUGUUACACAUAUUUCAAUGCUAAGUUUACCUUUUUUCCAGACAAGUCACUCCUAUGCUGCAAAUUCAUACUGUGAAAGUGACUGUAUUUUCUUCUUUAGUGAACAUAUUAUGCCAUUAAGGAAUAUGGACUGAAGUGCAAACUGUAGUACAGUGACACACUGUAGAUUACCAGUGGGAUUGAGAAACGUGGCUUUUUAUGAGCAAUUUCUGCAGAAAAAUAAAUUGCACUUCAGAGUUGUUUUAUACAGGAUAGCAAAAUGUUUUUAGAGCACUUCUACACAAGGGAGCUUUAGGGAGCAAACAAAACAAUUCCAGACUUGAUUUUAUUUCCUUGAAUCAUAUUUUCAAUACCUUGUUGCCCCAUAUUAAGAGUCGUUUACAGAUCAACACUUUUGCCACAUCACAUGACUGCCAUUAAGAACUCAACAUUUGGUUGCCUACUCCACAUCUGUCUUUGCACAGACUCCUUAAAUACACAGAUAAAUGUUGUUUCCUUAAAACACUUGAAGGAAGCAGUUCUGCUUCCUACGUGCAGUGUGGUAUGAGCUGUGCUUUCCUUUAGCAGUUCCAACUUGUCUUUACUGUUGCUGAGCUGGUAAUGAGUGCAGUUCAUAAUAGCAGUAUUGGAAAAAAACACUAAAAUAGAAACAAAAAUGCUAAGUAUCAUGUCUGUAGUCCUUCAAUAUUUUAGUACAUUCAGAUGUUACACUUCUUACUUAUGUACAAAUGAGGUAACAGCCAUUUCUUCUAAUUCAUGCAAAGCUGCCUUAUUUUAGUUUGGCACAAAAACUGAUAAAGUACAGUUGUAGAUGUAUAGAAUUAAUUCCUCAUGGAAUUUUACUAAUGUUUUUUGAAACUAUGUAGCAAGUGAUAUCUGAAAUUUACAGUAUAAGCACUCCAGAAAAUUACCAAAAGAAGCAGUUAAGAUAAUUGUAUCUGUACCUACUUAUAUUUUCUUUGGCUUCUAUUCGUAGCAUUCCUUGGCCAUUCAUUUUAUUAUUUUUUUCUCUUUUCGUUAUUGUCACACUUGUUUAUGAAAUUAAACUCAAGUCAUGUGAUUUGAAUUACACAGUUAAAAGCUUCAAGAGGACUAGCAAUAUACAUUCAUGUUGUAUAUGCAAGUGACCUGAUGAAUUAUCUGCAAGGUAUUUUGCCAAUAAAAACUUCAGCCUUGUUUUUAAAAACAUUUUAUCAUAUUCCGAGAUGAGGUUUUAGCCUAGGAAAUAUGCAUUUUUACAACAAUGGAAAUACAGAUUCUAAUUCUUUUAAAACAAUUGAUUUCAGCAAACCAUUUGAUACAUUUCAAGCACAUAUUAAUGUACAAAAUUUAAUACUGACAGCAUAUACAAUUUACAGACUGUUUUCGAUAAUUAUGAAAAAUUGCAUGUUUUCAGGCAACCUACUUCAACAGGUCUAUUUAUCCCUGAUUCUAGAAAUGCAACAUAAUUCACAUUUAAGAUUAGUGAAAUUGUCUAUUUUUUAUUUUUUAUUGCACCAUCUACUUAUAUGCUUUGAUGCUACUGCAAACAUAUGGUGUGUGCUCUAGCAUUUAGUCUUGUCUCAAAACUGUAGCCUCCCUUGUUUUCCAAUUAUAUCAAUUUUUUGUUCCACUAUAGUUAAAUUGUGAUAUACGUAAUGACUCCCCAUAGCUGUUAUCAGAUCAGAUGACACUACAAGUACUACAUGUUGUAAUAACAGUACCUCUGUGGAUUUUAUCUAACUUGUUGCUUCUGCAUGCUUCUUUGAAUGCUAGUUCUGCAAAAGUAUGCAUAAUGAAAGGAGUUUCCAAAGUAUGGAUGCUUAAAGCACAGUAUUGCUGUAUAUUCCUUCUAAAUUCAACAUGACUACAUACCAACAGUUGGAAGAGAAGCCAUCUUAUAUUAGUUGCAUUUAGAAAUAGGUUGGAAAGUGAAUUAUUUCAAUAUAAGGCACUUUGCUUUUAAUAAUUUUUUUUACUCUGGAUGUAAAAAAAUUUCCUAUCAAUGGAACUAUAUUUGUCUCAUGUCAGUUUCUGUUUUUUAUCAAAAUAAAUUGUCAUGUUUCAAUGCCGCACUUUAUUAUGUUACAUACUAUAUUACCAAAAUGCAGAACCGUGUUUCUCUUAUCCUAACUUGUUCCAUUUUAGAUACAUUGAUUGGUUAGUUGUAAAAGCAAAACACACAUUUGUAUCUGCAUAAUUUUAGCUUUUUGCCUUAAUUGUCCUGCUAUAGCUCUAUUUACCAUUGUAUAUUUGAGCCAUUUUGCUAAAAUAGUUGUAUUGUAGGAGAAAUGUACAUAUCUCACAAGCUGGAUUGAAACAUGAAGGGUAUGAAUAUGUUUCUACCUACAUUUCUGUUCUCGAUGAAAUGGGUUGGAUAGUUUUUGUCUUCCCCAUACAAUUAUUACUUAUGCUAUUUUAUGCUGUCAUCUCAAUAUGCCUCAUCAAACAGUUAUCCUAUUCUUGGACACAGAAUCAUUUGGGUUUACCACACCAAUAUUUUACAUUGUUGCUAUACAGCCAAGCUUCUUUGAGUAUUCAUAUUGUCACAUAUUUCCUUUGCAAAUGUUUGUUACCGUAUUGCUCAGGUUUUUUAUACCAUGAUAUCUUUUUCAGUUUUUAUUAUCACAUCCCUAGAGAACAUUAUGUUAGCAGAGAUCAUUUUUACAGUGUUCUACUUUCAGGGAUCUAAAUGAAGUAUGUUAGCUUUAAAUAUGACAUUACUGAUUACGUUUAUGAUUAUGAGUGUAUGUUCAUAUAUAUUUUUGGGUUGUUAUGCCUGAAAAAAAUAUUAAACACUCUUUAGUGUUUUCUCACACCUUGCUCUUAGAAUACAACAUAGCCGCUUUUAGUUUUUUACUGGAUUAAAUACAUAUCAUACAUAUACGAACUGCCAGAAACAGCUUAUUUUUGUUUCUUUUUGUUCUUGGGAUUUCCUUUUGAAUAUCUGUUUAUGCCUGACUUGGUUAUUUUUCUCCAUCUCUUUUUUUGUUGUUCAUACGUAGGCUGUACCAUCACUAUAAUAAACACUGGUAGCUGCUGGUCUAUAAAAAGAAAUGAAAACAUUUUUCCUUCUGGAAAAUAAGAUCCAAUGGGUUAUCAUUCAGCAUGGGAAAUGAGUAGAAUAUCCUUUUCUUACUAUAAAAUUGCAUAUCAUUGUCUUGUCUGCAUUCUAUAUUCCUAAUUAACAAAAGUAAAUAAAUAGGCAGCUGAAUUAUAAAACAUUCUGCUUCUUACAGGCCUCAGAAUACUGGACAUGUUUGUCUUUAACUUGACUGUUGUUAUGAUGUUUAAUUCCCAUCAACUGUGAAGCAAAAAUUUACAAUAAAAUAUCUAAAGCUUUCCUAACUUA